AUGCACGAAACAACCUUCCAGGCUCAUUUGAUACCAGGCUCGAAUAAUACGUACUACAUACCCGAUUUCGUGACUAAGGAAGAGGAAACUUACCUGCUGCGUAAGAUACAGGAAACCCCCAAAAAGAAAUGGAAGCAGCUUUCCAAUCGUCGGGCGCUUCGCGCAUAUGCCACAGGUGGCGAACUGACGCCCAAGAAUGCUCUCAUCCCGGACGCUCUACCGCCCUUCCUCUCCGAAUUCCCCGAUAUUAUCUCACGUAUUGAAGCCACUGGCGCGUUUGCUGAUUCCCCGCAUCAUCGCCCAAACCAUGUUAUUUUGAAUGAGUAUCAGUCAGGACAGGGAAUCAUGCCUCACGAGGAUGGCCCUUCCUACCAUCCGGUUGUGGCGACCCUUUCCCUGGGCUCACAUACAAUCAUGCACUACUUCCAGUAUACGCCGUCUACGAGCCCCGAUGAUAGCAAGCACGGCCGCACGAUCGAUACUACGCCUUCACUUUCUCUCUUACUGGAGCCGCGCAGCCUUGUCAUCACCACCUCUGAACUGUAUACUGAUCAUUUGCAUGGUAUAUCCGAAGUCCAGGAAGAUCGCUUAAUCGCGCACGACAGCGGAAGAAAUGAUAUUGAAACGGGGGGCAUACGGGUCGCGAAUUAUGAGAUGAUCAGGGGAGAGGGUGAGAAAAAAGCGGUCAUGCAUGGAGGAAUUCUGCAGCGGCAGACAAGGUAUAGUCUUACGUGUCGGGAUGUAGGGAAGGUCGUCAGUAUUAGGCCCAGCGUAGCGAGGAAAUGA